CGCGGGCGGGGGGGACGGCGGCUCCAACAUGUCCGCGCUGCUGGCGGCGCUCCGAGUGCGCGACCGGGCGGCGGCGGCGGCCGGCGGCGGCCAGCGCGGGGCGGCGCGCGCCUGAGCCCGAGCCAGCACCGCCCGCACCCGCGCCGGGCCCCGCAGCGCCGCCGGGCGCCGGGGGACGCGGGGCACACAGGAAAUACCAAAAUAAAGCAGAUGUUGUGUCCUGUACUGUUAUCUCAAGGUUUAGCAAGAGAUUCUGUUACGUGCUUCUUGGCAGCAGGAAUGUAAACUAAUUCUUUCAGCACUGAACUAGAACCUUGACAAGUCACAUGAUUUCUUCCACAUUUUUGGUUAUAAGAAUGUAAGGACAUACUUAACACAAUUAAAGGAACUUCAUAGAAGGUAUGAAGUAUUGGAGGGUAUCUCAUUUUGGCAACAUUUCAGUCCUGUAUGACAGUUUUACUGAUUCAAUAUUGCAUAAACAUGGGUGCAUUUUUGGAUAAACCAAAAACUGAAAAACAUAAUGCUCAUGGUGCAGGGAAUGGCUUGCGUUAUGGCCUCAGCAGUAUGCAGGGAUGGAGAGUGGAAAUGGAAGAUGCUCACACAGCUGUUGUAGGUAUUCCCCAUGGCUUAGAGGACUGGUCCUUUUUUGCUGUCUAUGAUGGUCACGCAGGAUCUCGUGUUGCAAAUUACUGCUCCACUCAUUUAUUAGAACACAUCACUAACAACGAAGACUUUAGGGCGACAGAAAAACCUGGAUCUGCUCUUGAACCUUCAGUGGAAAAUGUCAAGAGUGGAAUCAGAACUGGCUUUUUGAAAAUUGAUGAGUAUAUGCGCAAUUUCGCAGACCUCAGAAAUGGCAUGGACAGAAGUGGCUCAACAGCAGUAGGAGUUAUGAUUUCACCUGAGCAUGUAUACUUUAUCAACUGUGGUGAUUCACGUGCUGUUCUCUAUAGGAAUGGACAAGUCUGUUUUUCAACACAGGAUCACAAACCUUGCAACCCAAGGGAGAAAGAGCGAAUCCAGAAUGCAGGAGGCAGUGUAAUGAUUCAGCGUGUUAAUGGUUCAUUGGCAGUUUCUCGAGCUCUGGGGGACUACGACUACAAAUGUGUUGAUGGUAAAGGCCCUACAGAACAACUUGUUUCUCCAGAGCCAGAGGUGUGUGAAAUUCUAAGGGCAGAAGAAGAUGAGUUUAUCAUCCUGGCUUGUGAUGGAAUCUGGGAUGUAAUGAGCAAUGAAGAGCUCUGUGAAUUUGUAAAGUCUAGACUUGAAGUAUCAAAUGACCUGGAAACAGUGUGCAAUUGGGUAGUGGACACUUGUUUACAUAAGGGGAGUCGUGAUAACAUGAGUAUUGUAUUAGUUUGUUUUUCAAAUGCUCCUAAGGUCUCAGAGGAGGCAGUGAAAAAAGAUGCUGAGUUGGAUAAGUACUUGGAAUCGCGGGUUGAAGAAAUUAUGGAAAAAUCGGGUGAAGAAGGAAUGCCUGAUCUUGCUCAUGUUAUUCGUAUUUUAACUGCAGAGAAUAUCCCUAAUUUACCACCAGGAGGUGGUUUAGCUGGCAAGCGUAAUAUUAUUGAAAAUGUGUAUACUAGGCUGAAUCCACACAGAGACAAUGAGGGGGGUUCUGGAGAUCUAGAAGAUCCGUGGUAGCCUUACAAAUCUGCUAAAAUGCUUUUGAUUCUGAAAGGGGGAAAAAAACUUUUAAAUCUGAUUUCUUCAAUACAAGGGAAAAUUUCUGGUGGAUUUCCAACAUUUUGUGAAAUGGGCAGAAAGAUAUUAGAAUUUUCCAUCAUUUGUUCAUUUUUGUGUUUUCUGAUAUUGCCACUCUUAGCAUUGCCUGUACUACAGUAUUUUUACCAGCCUCAGGCAUACUGAUUACAUCUGUAAUGAACUUUGGCCCUAAAAAAGAAAGAAGGAAGGAAGGAAUAUUCUCUCAGCAGAUCGGUGUAUGUACCUGAGGUGCACGGGAUUGUAGGUGUAUUCUGAAGAUACACUGUGGCUAAAUGAAACAUGCAACAUACAAGCAUGAGAGAGAGUACAAGUAAUUGUUUGAGACGUUUCUUAUUUCACUUUACUAAGUUGGAAGGCUUUGCAGCUCUGUGGCUUGGAAGUAAUUUCAGUUGGGCAAUAUGCUAUCAGAUGUGUUUUUUAGUUUCCUGGUUGGGUUUUUUUGGGUUUUGUUUUUUUUUUUUGUGGGUUUUUUGUUUUGUUUCGUUUGUUUUGUUGGGUUUUUUUAUUUUAAUUUUCCAGUUUUACCUGUAUUACCAGACCGUUAGGUUUCCCUGCGGUGUCCAAAUUGUGAUAUGUUGCCUACUGCUUGCUUGAAGAUAAGUGUAUUUGGCAAUAAUAUAUGAAGAUUCUAGGCAUCUAAAACCAGUGAGAAUUUUACGCAUGUGUACAACACACCCUUCAACUCUUGCUAGAGAAAAUCUUUUUUAAAAGAAAAAACUGGUGAAUUUAUAGUUAGUAGUGACUUGCUUUGACAUCUCUCACAGCUGCAGAUUUUUUUAAAAAUGCUGAAAAUUUGCCUUUAUUAUAAUGUAAAUUGUGAUUAUUUUUUUGUUCUAUAUGUGGUUUUCUAUAGUUUUUUGAUUUUUUUCAGCUUAAGAUACAGACAGAAGUCUUGUGUAAUAUGGGUAUAAUUUUUAAUUGUUUGCAUUAUUUACCAAGUUCAAAUUAUCACUUUGAGAUUACUAUAAAUACACUUAAAAUUAUCUAUUUUAAAUUAAGAAAAUAUUAGAGAUAUUUUCAUGGGUUCAAUGAUCUUUCAUUUUAUAAGCAAUGGGCAUGGUACAGAGUGGCUGUCAUGUAAGGUACUUGAAGAUUCUUAGUUUAAUUCUAUUUUUGCAAUAACCUUGAUUUUUUUUUCUGACUUCUUUGAGUUGUGCAUGUGAUGAGUCCAGUAAAUGCUGAAAAUGGGGAAGAGUAAAGUAUUUAUCUAAAAUAAAAGCUAUUGGGGAGGGGAAACAAUGAAUGUAUCCAUCUGUACAUGAUUUACAUGCUGUGGAUGCCUUGUAAACAUUUUCCUAUUUGUUUAAACUGUGUUUCAACAAGGAUGUAACUGCCCUUGUGUGUAGUUUUAAGCUAAUGACAGUCAUCAACUGGUUUUGUGUGAAAUUAAAUUCAUGGUAUUUUUCUGUAACUUUAUCCCCAUGGUGAGUCUGUAAAAACCACACGCUCUUUCAUACUGAUGCCGAAGGCCAGCUUUUCCAGUCAUUUUGAUUCACUGUGUAUCUAAUUUUUUUUUUUUUUUUUUUUUUGGUCUAGAGAGGAUUAUUGCCACAGUAUAUUUUAUUUAUUCAUUAGAUUUUAGCCUUGUAAGUUAAAGUGUUUUAAAUGAUGAUGUUAACAGGUAUUUGUCCCUUUACUGGUUUUUUUGGGGUUGUUAAAAAGAUAGGGAAUGAAGAAUGCAAAAUGGUUUAUUGUUCAGACUGUCCGCUCUGGUCCAACCCUGUACUGAUAGUACCUUCCCAGUAUGAUAUUGUGAUGUUUCAUACAAUACAGUGAACAUAACCAACUUGUUAUCUUCAAUAAAGGAUUGCUAAAACAGUGUGA